AUGUCAGUCCCUCACACCAAACGCAUCUGUCAGAUAAUCAAGCUGAAGCCCUCUGCAGAAGCAGAAUAUCGGGCUAUCCAUGCACAAGUGUGGCCAGGUGUGCUCGCAGCACUGGAAAGGGCUCAUAUCGUCGAUUACUCCAUCCACUACUACCCGUCACUCCAGCUUCUCAUAGCCACCAUGAAAUACACUGGAUCGGAUUACGAGGCAGACAUGAAGAAGGUGGCGGAGGACCCUGAGACUCAGAGAUGGUGGAAAGUCACGGACGGCAUGCAAGAGAGCUUCGUCGAGGGAGCGGAGGGAAGUGGAAAGGACACUCCAUGGUGGACAGAACUGGAGGAGGUAUUCAGAUUCGAUGGGAAACCAUGA